AUGACGGCCUCACCAAACACCCUGACAAUCCUCCCCCUCUCCCCCGCCGAACACUCCACCCAACUCCUCUCCCCCCGCUCCCUCCAACACGCCCUCGAAGCCCUCCACCGCGACGGCAUCGUCGUCCUCUCAAACGCCGUAUCCCACGGAAGCAUCGAUGCGUUGGAAGCGCGGAUGUUGAGCGAUGUAGACGUGUUGAGGAAGAAGGACGGGGAUGCUAUGCCGUAUAACUAUAACCGGGGGAAUGUGCAGCAGGAUCCGCCGCCUGUUGUUGAGUAUUUGAAGAAAGACGUCUUCAUGAACCCCUUCGCCGCACACCUCGCAACACACUACCUCGGCCCCACCCCGCAUCUCCGGUUCAACAGUGGUAACACCGCCCUUUUCUCGCCCGAGGGUGCACGACAACCCGUCCACACGGACGCCGAUUUCGAUCAUCCGAAGAUCCCGUUUGCGGUCGUGGUUAAUGUCCCGCUCGUCACCAUGACCCCCGAAAACGGCUCAACCGAACUCUGGCUCGGAACCCACACCUUCACAACCCUCUCCCACCAAGAAGGCGCCCACGGCGACCGUGCGAGUGGUCGGAUUGUGGAGUCUGGACUGAAGGAACGGAGGAGUGCUGGGAUUGGUCCCAUUCAAGGGACGAUUCCAAAGGGCUCAAUCAUCAUCCGUGACCUCCGCCUUUGGCACGCAGGUCUCCCAAACCACACCCACGCCCCCCGCAUCAUGCUCGCGCAAAUCCUCUUUGCGUCAUGGUAUCGGAACAAGAUGUCAAUCACCCUUCCCCUCGCUGCUAAAGAGAUGGUGGAAGGAUGGGAGAGGGAGACGGGAGUGAGGGUGGAGGCCGAGUGGGUGGAGGGGGAUGGGGAGGGGUAUUUGGAGAGGGCUAGGUUUGGGAAUGAUUAUGACUUUGAUCAGGAGGCUUGA